AUGGCCGACUUUGGUGAGACUGAAGACAAGCCUCAGCGUAAUCGCGGCAUCAUGCUGUCAAAGUUCACUGAGAAAUGCGACGGUGACGACUUCCAGAAGCACUUUGUCCCAAUCUUCCAUCGUAAUCCCGCAACUGGCGCUCUAGAUCUCAUCGUACAGAAGUUUCCUCGGGAAGCGCUUGUCCUAUUCUCAGACCUAUUCAGAGCAGACAUCAUUAGAGGCGAGAAGCUCAUCGAAUUGCCGAAGCAUUGUGACGAAAAGGCGAUCAAAGAGAUCUUGGAGUGGAUCCGGCGAUGCAUUGAGAACAAGGAGAUUGUUGAGUUCGACACAUACGACGAAGACGAUCCAGAGACGUUGGCUCGCUACAUCAAGAUCAUCCGCGCAGCCGAGAGCAUCGAGGUGCCUGCCCGUGACUUCCAGGAAAAGAUCAUCAAGCGCAUGCGCAAGAUGGCCAAGUUCCAGCGUGAGAAAGACCGUCGUCUGAGUUGGGAUCUCAUCGAGGACAUCUACAGAGAUGAGACUGCACCGGCGGAUCUCCGACAAGUCGCCGCUGCCACGAUCUUCUUCUCCUGGUGGUCUGGCCACCUCGACUCUGAAGAUACCCCCGAGGAGAUGGAAGUCUUGUCUGAGCUGCGUGAAGACUAUCCUGACUUUGACAAAGAUCUCAAGGCUGAAUUCGAGGAUCAGAAGAGAUUCAUCGAUGAGCGCAAGGCCAAGCGAGACGCUGAACGUGAAGGUGCUGAUGGCACGGGUGCUGGUUGGGACAAUGCUGGCGACGAUGCAGCUGCUGGGGGCGGCGGCGACUGGGAUGCUGGUGCUGGCGCUAUUGGCGGAGGAUGGGAUGCCGAUGCUGGUGGCGCUACUACUGGUGGCACAGACGAUUGGGCUAAAGCUGCUCCUGUCUCUGGUGAUGGCGGCUGGAUGAGCACCGAUUCGACGGCAUAUGACAGUGCGAGUGGUCAGGAGAACAUCGCUCUGAAGAAGGAAGAUGUUGGUGCUGUGUCUGGCCACGCUUUCGAAAGCAGCACAGAUUCCUGGGCUGACGAAGUCAACACCACCUCUGCCACCCCUGCGUGGUGA